AUGAUUCUCCCCAAUACUUUCAGGUCACUUUUCGUGGCCCAGGCUACAUGUCAUCGGCUGGGAUCCAAAUGCUAUGCGAAUGCAACACGAUCCUCCCACAGCGUCCCUGUUCCUCAUGAAGGGAACAUAACGGGAUUACCGCAGCAUACGGACCUGUUACAGCACUACCGAGGCCUAGCCACUCUCGGCAAGAUCACAUACGAUGAGGAACAGGUCAGGGUUAUUAUGCAGCUUAGGAGAUUACAGAAGGAGUUAGACGGUUACGCUCCUCCUGCUCUCUCUGCGCGUUACCUCAACACAAAGCCUCUGACGCCUGGGAGUUCUACCGAAUCGCUUGAUUCGUCUCCGUGGUGGGCGCCUUCCGAGGAUUCUUCUGAAGACGCCAACCCAGACAAGCUGGCUUUGAUGCGCAUUAGAACGCAUGCGGAAGAGAUUGAGGCUCUCACGACUCCUAAGGCAAGAUCGGGCCUUCUUCUUAUCGGACCACCAGGAUGUGGCAAGAGCUUCCUAAUAGAUAUGUGGUUCUCUAUGACGCCUACCCCGUACAAGGCGCGCAAACACUACAGCGAACUGGUGCUAGAGACCUAUCGUGGUGUGUGGGAAGAGACUCAACGUCGCAUGGCGAGUGUCCACCAAAGAGACACAUCUCUCGAACAGUCCGAACCGGUUUCUCCGUCAUGGAACAAAGCUAUCCGCGAACGAUGGCGAGAGCUACUUGGCUCUGGACAGUUGCCCAUCCGAUGGACACGCACACCAAUGAGCGGCUGGGUAUCUAGCCUCGAAUCGGUCAAACCGUCGAUCGCAUUUAUGGUCGCUCAAAGGCUGAUUUUGCGACAUUGGCUACUGGUUUUCGACGAGAUCCAGCUCCUUGACGUCUCUAGCGCGACAUUACUCGCGGACGUGCUAUCCUGGUUCUGGCGUAUGGGUGGUGUGAUCGUGGGCAGCUCUAACAAGGUACCGGACGAUCUGUACAAGAACGGUGUUCAGAGGGAUAGGUUGGAGCCUUUCGUGGAAGCACUGAAGGCGAGAUGUCCGGUGCUCAUCUUGCGCAGUGAUCAUGACUGGAGAGUGGCGCGAACUGAGCGCACCUCGGAGAAGAGUUGGUACGUAUACGGUCAAGAGAAUAAAUUCUACCAGAAAUUGAGGGCGUAUUCUGAUGAUGGGUCCGGACCUCGGUUGACCAAUCUCACUGUCUUCGGUCGAACUCUCGGCGUGCCAUGGUCUUCUGGUGACGUAUGCAAAUAUACAUUCUCAGAGUUGUGUGACGAGUCACUCGGACCGGCAGACUACAUGACAUUAGCAUCUACAUACCGAACAGUCGCAAUCACGGAUAUCCCGAUACUCAAGUUGUCGGCCAAGAACCAGGCACGACGCUUCAUCUCAUUGGUCGACGCGCUCUAUGAAGCUCGUUGCCGGAUCAUUUGCCUCGCGGAGACCCAGCCGGAGCGCCUGUUCUUUCCUGAUACACCUCCAGAUACCUCCAACGAUGAUGCAGACAGCGGCGCGCAAUCGUCCGAUGUGGAUGUUAUGAUGGCGGAAGCGGUGGCAGAGACACAAGAUGUCUACCGUCCGAACGUAUCUUCCUACGAUGCUCCAAACAUGGCGGAAGCCCCGGAGGCGCCUGCUGCGCCGCUAGCCCUUGACACCUUGUCGAUCUUCUCGGGUAAAGACGAAGAAUUUGCAUUCAAGCGUGCCUUGUCCCGCCUGCUGGAGAUGACAAGCGAAAGCUAUGCGGAUGAAGAGCGCUGGAUCCCUCUUCCCCUUUCCUUGCGCAAGUGGGAAAGCUCUUCCAGUCCAUCGGGCACUGCCGGCUCUCGGGAUCGCGCCAUGCGGGUGCCCGUAUGCGUCUCGACAGACAGCGCGGGCGCUGAUUUUGCUAGUGAGGCGGCGAACGAAGCGCUGUCGCAGCCCGUGGGACGCCCUGAAGCUCCACGCCUGAGUGAGGUUCAUGUGUGGGGUGUGAGAGAGGAUUGGGGCGAGCGAGCCAAGGCAUGGGGUCGUGGGGCAAGGGCGUACGAACGUUCGCACCCGGAUUCCAAGGAUGACCGAGGACGUGGAUGA